AUGACGCCUACAGCAGAAAACUUGAACACACAGUGGGAUAUUCUUCAAGGAGAUUUUAGUACAGACAACGCUGCGCUUAUUGACCCUUUGAAUGAAUUCACAAGCAAUGAGCCAGCUGUCUUAACACCACAAUAUUACGGAGAUAGUAUAGAAGAUGAACAGAUAGAGUCAGUAAAUGAUGGAAACUUGUAUUAUGAUAAACCAGUUGUAUCAAAUCAAAAAGUUCGAGUGACCGAGCCAAGAAAAGAAACAGAGCAACAGAGUACUUUUAUUUCUUAUUUAGUUGUUUCUGACAAAGCAAGCGUUCGAAGGAGGUUUCAGGAUUUUGUAUGGCUACAUAAUGUACUAUAUAUUCAUUAUCCUGCUUGCUUUGUUCCACCAUUACCGGAUAAACAUCGAUUAGAAUAUGUUAAAGGAGAUCGAUUCAGCAAUGACUUUAUUGAGAAAAGGAGAAUUAGCUUGGAACGAUUUAUACAAAGAAUUGCAAGGCAUCCGAUCCUGGGAAAGGCUGAAUUUUUCAUCAUGUUUUUGGAAUCCAGCGAGUUUAAUGAUGCUUCUGCAAGAGCCCUCCGUGAGGGUCAGGAAACAGUAAUGGAUACCAUUGGCGAUACCCUUUUAAAUGCAUUUGCCAAGAUACGUAAACCAGAUCCAAGAUUUGUCGAAAUGAAAGAGCGUAGUGAUCGAAUGGGAGAGAACCUUGAUCUGUUGCAAAAAACACUGCUUAGAUCAAACAAACGCACAGAAGACCUUUGCAAUGAUUAUGAAGAGCUAACGACUAGCGUGCAAGGACUUGCAGAAAUGGAAACAGAUUAUGAGCAGCCACUAUCAGACUUUGCCUCUGUACUUGAAAAAUAUACAAGGUCUAUGCGAGAAAUGACGAUAGAAGACAGCAAAUGGCAGAUUGAAGUCUAUGAUUACAUGUCAUACUACCAUGCAAUAAAAGGAGUACUCAAAUUAAGAGAUCAAAAGCAACUGGAUUUUGAAGAGCUCUCAGACUAUUUUCAAACUACUCUAGAGGAAAAAGAAAGAGUUGUACGAGAUAAAAAGGAUAGCAGUGUUACGAACUUUAUCACAGACAAGAUCAACGAAGUCAGAGGCACGGAUGCAAGUAAAAUGAAGCGUGAAAGGAUAUUGCGGCUGGAUGAAAGAAUGAGAGAGUUACAAGAGGCGAUAGAAGAAACACAUAAAGUAUCAACAGCAUUUUCAGAUCAAGUUAAGAAAGAAGACAUGUUUUUCACUCGUAAUAAAUCGGUAGAGCUAUUUGAAGUUCUCAAGUCAUAUACGGAUGGAAAAGUAAAGCACUAUAGUGAGAGUGUAAACCUUUGGAGAGAAUUUGUGCAUGCGCUUGAGAAUACAAGUAACUCACCAUAG